GCAGGUUGGCAGCCAUCUUGGAGGAAGCUGGCUCCUGCCAGACAAAAUAUAGCGAGCGGCUGUCACGUAGGAACAAAACGCUGCUAACUGGCCGAGAGGAACUAGCUAAAGUGCAGGAUACAGCGCGUCUGAAAGCUAUGAAGGCCAACAAUUGAAGAGGGGAAGAAAGAGAGGGGAUGACACGCAGCAAAGGACCACAGGUUGAACCCAUGGCUGCUGCAGUGAGGACUCUACCAGAUCUGCCAUGCAUCCCAGGCUUCCUGUCUAUAUCCUUAUUUCUUUGCCAGUUCUCCUGGCGCAGGGCAACACAGCCGAUUCGUCCAAGAAGACCCCUGCUGCCCCAGCUAGCCCUCCACCCCGCCCGCCUCCUCCUCUGGGUGACCCCAGCUGGGCUCUGGGUCUGCGCCUGUACCAAGCCCUCCGCUCCGACUACAGCUCAGUGAACACCCUCUUCUCCCCUCUGCUUGUGGCCUCCUCGCUUGGAGCGCUGGGGGGAGGAGCAGCGGGCACCACUGCUAGCCAACUCCAAGACCUCCUCAAGACCACAACCCCUGCCAAGGCUGGAACCCACGCUGGGGACCUCCUGUCCGGGGCGUUGAAGAGUUUCACUCAAGCCAACGGGACCAGCUUUCACCUGCACACAUCCUCAGCUCUGUUUUCCAAGCAAGCGCCUGCGGUCACUCAGGCGUUUGUGAAGGACAGCCAGGCCAAGUUCAGGCUGCAGCAUCAGCCGCUGGGGAAAGGAGACUCCAAGGCUGACCUGAUGCAGCUCCAUGGUUGGGCUAAAUCUGUGCUCGGUGGGCUGGAGGUUGCUCCUUUAGCAGCUUUAAUCCAGGCUAAGGCUGGAGCCCUGAUACUUGCCAAUGCCCUGCGCUUUAAAGGGCUGUGGGAGAGAGAGUUCAGCGUGGACAGCACAGAUCGUCGUACCUUCUUGGGAAAGAAAUACACCAAAGUGAUGAUGAUGCACAGAGCAGGUCAGUACCGUUACCACGAAGACAUGGAAAACAUGGUGCAGGUUCUAGAGAUGCCUCUCUGGGAAGGUAAGGCCAGCGUGGUCCUCCUGAUGCCAUUCCAUGUUGACAGUCUGACGAGGAUGGACAAGCUUCUGACCCUUGAGUUGCUGUCCAAGUGGCUGGAAAAGACCAAUAUGACUAGUGUGAUUAUCUCGCUGCCCAUAGCGAACAUCACCAGCACACUCAGUCUGCAGAAACAGUUGACUGCUCUGGGCCUGACUGACGCGUGGGACCAGAAAGCAGCUGAUUUCUCUGGGGUGUCGGACAAGAGCAAGGGGAAACUCCAUCUUGGCGGAGUCCUCCACUGGGCUUCCCUGGAGCUGGCUGCUCAAGCUGGGAAAGGAGACGCAGAACUCGAGGAGGAGAACAUAGACAAGCCCAAGAUGUUCUACGCCGAUCACCCCUUCAUCAUCGUCGUUAGAGAUAACGCUACUGGAGCCCUGCUGCUGAUGGGAGCUCUGGACCAUGCAGAGGGAGAGGCCCUCCAUGAUGAACUGUAGCACCCUCCACCCAUCCAUCCAGUUUUCCUGUCUUUUUUUGGUGCUGUCUCUUACACACUCCCUUUCAAAGACUACACGCUGGUUUCUAAGUCGAGACAUUGUCAUUCACAGUGGCACACUAUCGCAUCAGACUACAGCUGGCUGUCAUACAUUGACACUGCACAGUCUCACGCUGACUGACACUGACACUGCCAUACCCGACACUUACACAGUCGCACACAUACAGACACCUACAUGGCAGACGUUAAAUGAAAAUACUGUACAAGACAUUACUAAAGUUGAUGGACACAGAGCAAAACACUAACUUGGAGAGACUCCCUGCAUUUUCUGUCGCCCACACAUGUGCAACCACACACACACACACACACACACACACACACACACACACACACACACACACACACACACACAUUCAAGGCCUCGAUGAUCAAGUCAAUACAAAACAAAAUGACAAACCAGAGUGCACUGACUAACACUAACAUGCUGACAAGCAGAAGUGGUUACACUGACACAACACUUACAGCAGCAUCAACAAAGAACCUUAUCGCAGAGAGGCUCGCAGUGACACUUGAAUCCUCCUUGUCAGGCAAACACCAGGGUAGGUGAAUGGGUGUGUGGGUGUGUGUGUGGUGACCGACAGAUCAAGGGUGCCCAUGAGGCCGCUCUCGGAGCUGGCAGGGACUGUGGCGGGGUCCCCUGGGCUACAUCUGAGGAAGACUGAUAGAUCAGCCAAGUGCUUAUUGAUGAGCCAGCUUAAUGCUAAUGGCCAUAAUGAGUCACAACGCUUGUCAACAACACGGAGAGGACGGGGAACCUUUUAAUCCCUUAAUACCAUCAGGAAUCGAUGACACACUGAUAGGCCACUGGAAACAAACAUGAAUGACAUCACUUGACUUAAUGUAACAACUUAAUAUUUAGGAUGACUACAGCAAUUCAAAGAGGUAUUAAUUUGUAUUUGUAUAUUUAGUUUUUAAAGCACAAGAGUGGAUGGUUGACAUAUUUGAACUACGGUAGCUACCGUUUGAGUGUAUGUUUGAUAUUAGAUGAGGUGCUUUUUUUUUUUUUAAUAAAUCAUUUCUAGCCUUGUUUUAAUUAUUUUUUUCACUACAGUAUAUUUAUCAAUGUUUUAACCUGAUCUUAAUACAAACCAAUCAACCAUUGAAAUGUACAAUUAAUACGUGUGGAUUGGCACACCUCCAUCUUUCUUGACGGGAUUGAUGCAGCAAGAUACAAGGCAAUUUUUUUUCCUUAUUACCUCCACCCUGAACUGAAUUGGCUGCUGUUGAACCUGAUGGAUGUAUGUAAGCAGAUUUAAAGCCAGUUAUUGAAUUUUGAGGGGCAGCACAUAAUAGGCUAGUAGUGUCUAUAAAGUGCAGCAACAGCUGUGUCAACACACAAAGGCUUCUCAGCAAACAAACGUUUUUACCAAUGAAUAAUUGAGAUAUAAGAUAUGAGUGAAUGAAAAAAUAGUCCCUCCUUGCCAUCCCUCUUAAAACUCUAAGCAUUUUGGUAUCUUUGAUAUUAUAACUACAACAUUUCUGUCCAGCUAAUGUACAAAAGGUGCUUUGUUGUUCUACUGGCUGUUCAUGUGUCUUCACACACAAAACACUUGCUGUAUACAGUAUUUCUUGAAGGAAAAAAGGAAAUGCAUGCAACAUCUGUCCUGUUAUAGUGCUAAGUAACAGUGUCUAGACACACAGCUGGUCUGUCUGAUACACAGCAUUCAAUGAAUCUGUUCCUGUAACACCCCGGUAUUACAGCUUUGUUCCUAAUUUAGCCCUCUGCACAGGUCUGCUCAGCAACAGUAUGUGUAGUGCAUGUGUGUGUGUUCGUGUACUGUUCAUGUAUGCGUUCAUGUGUUAACAAAGCUACUACAAUGACCUCUCUGCAAUGGCCUCCUGUACAGUGGAGACUUGUAAAGGGCACUAUACUGCAGGUAUACUCCACACUGAAUAAACCCGGGAGCUCAAUUUAGACAAGCUGAUGAUGGAUCCGAGGCCGUCUGCUGUGCGCACAUCAAUCCUGCUCACUCCAACAUCAGCUCCCCGCUGACUCACCUUCACAUUUCAUUCAGUUCAGAACACUCACAAACACAUGCAUGUCCACAUCCACCCACAUGUAGCCAGCAAUAAUCUGACUGACAAAGAAAAGCUAAGAAAACUAGAAUUCAGUGAUGUGUAGAGCGCCUAUAUGUACAGUAUUCAAAGAAUGAGCGUAGGUUAUAUAUGCCAAUGUCAAAAUAUACAAUGUUUUAUACAGGCAUUGCAGCAAUAAAUACAUAUGAGCUUCAUUUUA